AACCUGAACCUUAUUCUAAUUUAAGUUGGAAUAGAUAAUAAAUAGUAUAAAACCAAUAAAAUAAAUAAAAAUAUUACAACCAACUUAAUUUAUAAGAAACUAUUUUGUUAAAGAAAUUAAAAGAGAUUAUGAACUAUGAAUGAUUAUGGAUGGGAUAAUUCGUUGAAAUGGGAUUAUUAGUUGAAAAAAGAUGCGAGGAAGAGAGAGAAAGGAAGGAAGGAUGGAUAGAGAGAGAGAGCGCAAAAAAGGCUAAAACUAAGAAGAGAAGAAAUCUUCACGCAAAAAUUUCUCUCCCCCGCCCUUGAUUUCUUCUUUUCUAAGUCUAUAUUUCACUUCAAAUAACGUUCUUUCCUAUUAUUAUUCCUGUUUGAAAGAAAAAAAAGUUUGAUUCCUUUUCAAGUAGUUCGAUCAUAGCCAUCUAAAUUCUGGCCCAAAUGGUAUUCAUUAAUAUUUUUUUCAAAUUUUAUUGAAGAAUUUGAAAAAAAAAAAAAGAGAGGAUUUUUUUUCAAUUUUACCAUGAAUCUGGAGAUGGGGUCAAGCAAACGCGUGACUUCUUCUCAACGAAUGCACAGGUCGAUAGAAGAUCUUCGUAAGAGACAUAGGCAAGAAUUAGAAAAUUUGACAUUGACAACACGGCCUUUUAAAACAUUAAGGCUUUUCAUUCUGGCUAUCUUUGAAUAUUUCAAGCAAUCAAUAUUUUAUCUUUUUGCAAAGGGCGGUUGGCUUUUGCUUUUAAACACUCUAAUAGCAACUCUUGGAAUUUUGCUUGUGACCAUUGAAGGUCCUCAUGAAAAGCAUGUUGAGGAAGCUUCUCGGUAUGUUCGGUUUGGAUUAUGGUGGAUUGUACUUGGAGUUGCAUCAUCAAUUGGUCUUGGAUCUGGUUUGCACACUUUUGUUCUUUAUUUGGGUCCUCAUAUUGCCUUCUUUACAAUAAAAGCUAUGCAAUGUGGACGAACAGACCUGAAAAGUGCUCCUUAUGAUACGAUACAAUUGAAGAGCGGUCCUUCAUGGCUGGACAAAUCUUGCGGAGAGUUUGGGCCCCCAUUGUUUUCAUCAUCACAGGGGUCAAGGGUUCCCAUCAGCAGCAUAUUACUACAGGUGCAAAUGGAAGCUACCUUAUGGGGUCUUGGGACUGCACUUGGGGAGCUUCCUCCUUACUUCAUCUCAAGGGCAGCUAGUCUAUCAGGCGGUAAAUUUAAUGCUAUGGAAGAAUUGGAUGCUUCCUCAAGUAAGGAUAAUGGAGUCAUAGCUACCCGCCUGAACCAGAUCAAACGUUGGUUGUUAUCCCAUUCCCAACACAUGAACUUCUUCACCAUUUUAAUGCUUGCCUCGGUUAGUUAUAAUUCACUUUUUUCAUUUCAUAGCCCAAUUUUUGAACAAAGCAAAAUAUUGAUGCUUCUUUUGACGUUUUGUUUUAAGUGCAUCUUAGUUUGUCUUUGUUAUCCCUGUGUUUUCUUUUUUUGCAUGUGCGUGAAAAAGUGCAAACCUAUACCUCUGCGGUCAUGCCCACACUUUUGGAAUGUUUACUAAGAUUUAUAUAUUAAGAGCCGUAUAAACUAUUAAAACCAAAUAAAUCAAAUUAUAUUGUCAAGACGUAAUUAAUCGGUCGGUUUUGAAUUUCUAUCUCUAUUUUUUUUUGUCAUUUUUCUUUUAAGAUUUAUUACUCAAAAAUAGAAGAAUACUAUUUUAAUUGAUAAAUUAUAAAAUUAUAAGAUUUGUCAAUUAUACAAAUAUUGAUUGAAUUCUUUUAUUGUUUCAUUAUUUAUUUAUUUAUAAAAUAAAUAUUACACAAAUAAUAUCAAACUUAAUUCGUUUAUCAUUUGAAGAAUAAUAUAAGUAGAGAUUAUACUAGUUAUCUCCAAAUUUCUGUUGAAGUACUAUAUAUCGUUCUUAACUAGUGUACCAGAAAAUAGAAACUACAUAGUUAAAAGCAAAGGAUUACACUUGUUUUUGGUUAGCAAAGUAAACCUUAAUUUUUUAUAAUCGUUAAGCUAAUUAAUCAUGUGUUAAUAGAUAGAAGAAAUGGGAGAAAAUGUGUAUUAUAUUUUAACUGGGGACAUGUUUACAUAGUAUAAAAGACGAAAGAAAUAAAAGAAAUCAAAUUAGUUCGUAUCCUAGAAUUAAGCUUUAUAGCAUGCCAACUAUCUUUGCCUAAGAAUCUGUAGCACUGCCCCCCAAACUGACGCAUAAUUGUUUAUAUACCUAGCUUGGUACAUAGGUGAUUCUUAUUUUGUCUUUGUGAAUAAAUCAACAAGUUGACCCCUUAUUUUACAUAUCCAGUGAAGAUUGUGUUGUCUAAAAUUUUCUCAUGAAUGAAGUGAAAAUAAACCUCAAUAGGUUUGAUUGUUUCGUGAUAGACAUGAUUUGAGGCGAUGUAAAGAGUAAUUUGAUUAUUGCAUCAAAGUUUUACUAGUUUAUGAA